AUGCCAGAUCCUGCCGCUCAAACUACGUCUGCCCUCGAUUCUAUGAGCCAACUGGUCGCCACCCUUCAACCACCACCACCACCACCCUCGAAUACUACUGCCACCUCCAAUACUACGGACUCCCCGCGAUCUCACCUAGUCAGCCACUCUUCCAGUGGCAGCAUAUCUCAGAGUCGAAGUCGGCGGUCUCUGGCAUCUCUCGCUCGCGAACGCACUUCGACUGCGUUCGCAAGCCUGACCGGUAUCAGCUCAACUUCUAGUCCGUCUCUCAGAUCAGCCACCUCGACCGGCAGUCUUGCUGUCCAAGCCAACUCCGCACCUACCUCCCGACCGAGCAUAUCUCGAUUGCCAUCAUCACCCCCAGAGACUACCACAUCAGCGCUGGCGUCGCAAAGGAGGAGCGGAGUUCCCACUGCACCCAUGUCUACAAAUGAGCGAAACCAUGGGCGCAUGCACCAGACAUCGUCAAAGAUAUUACGCAUGACAGAUGAUGAUCGGCCAUUCACAAAAGACUUCAAGGAUCUAUUCUCUACACUUAUCACAAGUCUGCCAUUGACGCCCCAUCGAGUUCGCUUCUCCAGAAUCGACGACACAUUCUUGUCUGAGGAAGCCAUAACGAACUUGGGCUCGCUCAAAUUCUCCCAAUCGAACCGCAUACCGGACCCCAAGAAUCCGUCGAGAUGGGUUGUAACAACGACCACUACCACAUUCUCCAUGGCGAAAGAAAUGGCAAGAUCGGUUUGCCAAAGAUUUGUCGAUGCGAGGUUGAUAGAAUCGGCGGAAUCGAAAAGUCAGACGACGUUCAUCACGAAAGGAGCGGUCUGGCAGCUGACAGCCAAGGGGACCGCCAUUUUGCAACGAUUCUGUGUUCGCAACGGCAUAGUAGCCCGGCACAUUGAACAUUUGAUCAAGAAACAGCAAAUGCAUCUCGUGGCUCUGGAACGAGAUCCUGAGACCGAUAAAUUGAAUCAGGACAAAGCCAUGGUCGAGAUCAUUUUUCGACGAUUUGUUGGCCAAGAGGGGCCAAAUCUAAAGAGCACCACUUCUCUAGCAGACUCAGAUUCGAUCUCGGAAUAUUCGACUGGCCUUGUGGGCGUCAAGAUGGCGCGCGAGCGUAGAAUUCUCGACAAGACUGUACAGAACUCGUUCACCGGCAAAGCAGCCUCAGAUUGGCUCUUGGAUUGUUGUACGACAAUUGACAGGAGAGAAACAUACGAAAUGGCCGAAUCUUUUGUCCGAUUCCAGCUUAUUGCGCCGGUAAUCGAAGAUCGUAAUUACACGCGGCUCAACCCUAUGGCAACCUAUUUCCAGCCUACCAAGUAUGCAGUCUACUCCGUCACCGAGAAAGGUCAAAGGCUAUGUGGUUGGAUAGGAAGCAGACCCAGCGUCAGCAGUGAAGAAAGCAGGGACCGCGAAAGCAAGGACAGGAAGACCAUGCCAAAGGACUCGAACAUGAGUCGGUUGCAUGUUAUCUUGCAGGACGCAGCUCUUCGACUCUUGUUCAAGGAGUUUCUUCGCCAAUCGCUCUGCGAAGAGAAUCUCCACUUCUAUGUUGAGGUAGAUGAGUUCAUCGCAAGCUACCGGCAGCUGGACAAGACUGGUCGUCUCGACAAGCCCGAUGCUGUUCGGGAGACUCUGGCAGCAGCCUAUGGUCUCUACAACUCCUAUCUCGCAUCUGGUGCACCUUCAGAGCUCAACAUCGACCAUUCGCUGCGCAAUAGGCUUGACAGUCGAAUGAUCAGGACCGAUGCCGACGAAGAUUCGAUGAGAAGCAGUCUUGACGAGGUUGUAGACCUCUUUGAGCAGGCCAAGUCUUCGGUGUUCAAGCUGAUGGCUAGUGACUCUGUUCCAAAAUUCAUCCGCAAUCCAUCCUACGCAACAGUCUUGCGCGAACACGAUUUUGAUCUCGCUGCAAGCAACAGGGCCUUCUCACCUGGCCCCGAGAGAACAGCACUUAGUCGGUCUAACACAUCUCGACAACAUUGA